UGUCGGACAGUACCGCGGCAGUGGGAUUAAUAAGAGCAAGCCUGGCAUCGAGGCCCAUUUGCGAAGGGAGCCAUUCUUCUUCCUCCUCAUCCCCACCCACACUCUUCUCGAGUGCUGUCUUCUUUUGCUCAUCAUUCUCCUUCGCUGGAGAAGGCUUGCCUGCAUGUGAGGCGCACUGCUUGUUGACUUGCUUGCAACAGUAAUGUAGCUGGUCAACUCUAGUUGGGUGUGACGAAAGGUUGGCUACCGAGCAUCCCACUUGCGGGUGCGAGGUAUCGUAAGAUGGACGCUCGCUUCAUAGUUUUUAUAUGGCCGGGUCUUGGGAGAUGACUGAGGGUUGUUUGGCGGGGUAGGCAGAGUCUAACGCUCUGACGCGCAAGCUUGACUACUAUUGUUUUUUUAUUGAUAUAUAUUAUAUAACGAAGGUUGAGGGUGAGAGGUAGAGAGGGUGACUGAGAGUGGACAAGUGGUCGGGGUUGGGUGUGAGUGAGUGAGUGAGUGAGUGCGUGCGUGCGUGCGUGUGUGUGUGUGUUUAACGCGAGUGAGUAAACACUUCAGUUUCUGGAAAACAAUGUCGUGGGGAGCUGCUGGUGUUUGACUUGGAAGCGUCAUAUCUUGCAGUUGGAGUGCGACGCGGAGUAAAAAAAAAAAAAAAUCUGACUGGAACAUCAAACCCUUGUAGCUUGUUGCAGGGGGGGAUAGCUGUGCCGUUGGGUCUUGAUCGAAGUUGGAAGGACUUGAGAGACUUUUCCUUGAUCGUGUCUAAACCUUUGGCGAAACUGGCGUGUCCUCGUGAGUCCUGUACUGCCAUUCCCUUGCCGAGAACAGUGGCAUACUUGUCAGCGUUUAUUUGCAUUGGAGAAUCUGAGAUUACAAUAGCACGAUGUGCUUGCACUUCGCGGAGGAGCAGACGAAGGGAAUGCAGUCUUAUGAGCUUCAUUACACCACGUCAGGACAGCUGAGUUCUCGUCAACAGCAAAUGGCCAGCUCGUGUAGCCACAGCCAUGCAGGCCACUCUUCUCCUGGAGUGACCACUUCGUCGACGUCUGCCGAAACGACCACGUAUGUCACAGACGGCGAAGGGACCUCCAAUUCUGGCUCCGAUGUCACGCCUGUAACCUGCAAGGCGAGCACUAUUCCGUUCCAAGCGCUGGGCAGCCUGCCGUCAGAGGAGGGACAGUUGUGGUGGAUGCGUGCGGGAUACAACUCGGACGUUAAGCAAUUCAGUGAUGGGGAAAUGGAUCAAGCAAGCGUGGACGAGAUGAAGGAGUCUACCAGCGAGGACGUAGAUCUUAAGUUCCACAAUAUGGACACCAUGGACGGUGCAGUGCAAUCCAAGCUUUGUCCCCGGGGUCAUUGGCGCCCAGCGGAAGACGAGAAGUUAAGGGAGCUGGUAUCCCAGUACGGGCCGCAGAACUGGAACCUCAUUGCUGAGAAACUCCAUGGCCGAUCAGGAAAAAGCUGCAGGCUGCGUUGGUUCAAUCAGCUUGACCCACGGAUCAACCGUCGCCCUUUCACGGAGGAUGAAGAGGAGCGUCUCCUCGCUGCUCACAGCUUCCAUGGCAACAAAUGGGCCAUGAUUGCGCGUCUUUUCCUCGGCCGCACGGACAACGCUGUCAAAAACCACUGGCAUGUGGUCAUGGCACGCAAGUUUCGGGAGCGCUCGCGCUCCUCCGGCCGUCGCAAAGCGCAAGAACCCCGGCGAGGCAGGCGACCCAGCUCGUCGUCAGAGCAACACACCACUUCCAGCGAGGAAGUCUCCGACGUUUCUCUUUCCACGCACCACGGCCAGGUCCUGAACCCCUCGUCUUUGAGCCGCAGCACCAAGAAUUCCUACACUUCGACGUCUACCCCCUCGUUUCAGCCCGGCUUCAUUUUGCCACAUCAUGAACCGUCCCGCAUCCUGAGCUCUUCACCUCACAGUGAGUCCAGCAAGAAGGGCUCAUCUUUGUUGUCGAGCUCAACAACCGCGCUCGCGCGACCUUCUCCAGCUUCAAGGUGGUUGUCACAGUCUGCUGAGCUUGGCUCACAAACGCAGUAUGGGCAAAAGCGAGUGCCGCAAACAGAUGCCGUGCCGCAGAGCACGGGUUUUCUUCCGGAGCUUAAGAUACGACCUGAACGGAAUUGCAAGGGGCCUACUGCAGCCCAAUGGGUUCCCUCCCUUGUCAGUCCAUUUCCCAGCGCCCGCGGCAACCAAAGAGACGAACAUGCAAGAAACCUCUGGGCUUCGAGCUUCAGGGCCGAGCUUCAUGGGCAGAUUCAGGACCAUCAUGGACAUGGCGUCCAGAACCUGGUAAACCACUUAGAAGGAGGCUUUGAGGUUCGGAAGCGUGCUGAGCAACUGGGUCUGCAGACAGACCUUGAGGCUUUUGCUGCAUGGGGAAUGACGAACCACGGUCAAGAGAUCACAACCUCCCAGUCUGAGGCUGCCCCUGCGAUCUCCUUCAUCGAUUUCCUGGGAGUCGGCGUCGUUAAAGAAAAUUCUUCAUCAUCACCGGUAUGCUGAUUGCCGGCCGAUUUUACGAGCUGGCCAUGUCAAGGAGUGCUUCUACAGUGGUGCGAGAUUUCCACAAACCCGAUUUUGUGCUAUUCACUCAAAUUCAAACCAAACCUUUCAUUUCGGGAAGUAGAUAACAAGGCUGGAGGGCGUGAGAUUGUACAUCCUUUCCGCAUUCCGCUGCAAAGUCGGGGCAGUGGAAUACGACAACCCACUCACCGACUUGCGACGUUUUUCAACGUCCACGUUGAGGUCAUCUAGUUGCAGCAAGUACUGCUUGAGGAACCAGUUCAUCAACCCUGGGGCGAUGCCACAGCGUCUUCACACCCGCUUUCCGAUCUUUGAUCUCCUUCAGCCCAGAAAACAACACUGACAGCAUUUUUUUAUUUCUCUUUUUUCCCAUACCAUUUCUCCGAUUCAUUUCCAUCUCCCGAAGGUUCUUCUUCCAGCCUCCAGUUUUGCUCUUGGAGGGAGAAGAGCCCAAUCCAUGUGAAUAGCUAUUCUCCUCGUGCCCUCCGCAGGCAUUCUAUCAGUCAACGAAACACCUAAAUAGCGUUUGUAGAAAAAGAUAGCGACGACCUGUAUUGACCAAAUGUAGCAAAACCGGAUGCUGGUGAUAGAUGGCAUCAUGUCCGGUAGCCUCUGUAAACAAACGCUGUAUCACUCUGUACAUUGCUGGAAUCCAGGGGGAAUGGAUACAACCGCCCUGCCGAGACGCUUGCGAUCGCUGCUAGGCAUACUUCAGCCAUUGUAGCGCAUGUACACAGACAGAUUAGGGCUUUCCAGUUGAGCAAGGAGCACAUGGAUCAGUGCCCUGAAGCUGACAAAAUACACAACAACCAGAUAAUAUGCUAAAGUUAAACAAGAUUUGAUGGGGUGCCCAAUUCUGAGAGUGCACUUCCAAGCGACCGAUUCGAUGAAACACGCUGGGGCUGAAGAAAUCCAUGGUCCAGCUCCGUCUUCGACAUUGUGGAAUACUCAUAAUAAUAAUAAUAAUAAUAAAAGUACACCUUCCUAUGCAUGGGUUGCUUGUUUUUUCUUCU